CGUUCACCUUCAUCCGGGGAAAUUUCACAUCACAGUCUUGUUUGCAAUUGUCUUUAUUUUCUUUCGCAUUGCAUCACAGCUUGUUCUUUUCUCCCCUCUCCAAUUUCUCUUGCUACUCAGAUAACCAUGGCUAUGGCAAUGCCGCAGGGUAAUGCCAUCUUUCCUCGCUCGCAUGUCGGCUUUGAUUCAAUCACCCAACAGAUAGAGAAGAAGUUGCUCAAAAGAGGGUUCCAAUUCAAUGUCAUCUGUGUUGGACAAUCUGGUCUCGGAAAGUCGACCCUCAUCAACACCAUCUUCGCUUCCCAUCUGCUGGAAUCAAAAGGACGUUUGCGACCAGAUGAGCCGAUUCGUUCCACCACUGAAAUUCAAACCGUCUCCCAUGUGAUCGAAGAGAACGGCGUCCGCCUGCGACUGAACAUUGUUGAUACCCCUGGCUACGGAGAUCUGGUGAACAAUGAUCGAUGCUGGGACCCGAUUGUCAAAUACAUCAAGGACCAACACAGCGCCUAUCUCAGAAAGGAGCUCACUGCGCAAAGAGAGAGAUACAUUCAAGAUACCCGAGUGCACUGCUGCUUGUUUUUCAUCCAACCAUCUGGUCAUGCUCUCAAGCCAAUUGACAUUGUUGUCUUGAAGAAGCUGUCAGACGUGGUCAACGUUGUGCCGGUGAUCGCAAAAGCCGAUUCUCUUACCCUGGAAGAGCGUCGAGCAUUCAAAGAGCGCAUCAAGGAGGAGUUUGCGUUCCACAACCUCAAGAUGUAUCCAUACGACAAUGAGGAGUUGGACGACGAAGAGAGGGCUACCAAUGCCACCAUCAAGGACAUUAUCCCAUUUGCGAUUGUCGGCAGCGAGAAGUCGAUCAUUGUUAAUGGCAAGCAGGUCAGAGGCCGACAAAACAAAUGGGGUAUCAUCAAUGUCGAAGACGAGAAUCACUGCGAGUUUGUUUAUCUUCGAAACUUCCUGACACGAACCCAUCUGCAAGAUCUGAUCGAAACGACAAGCCAGAUUCACUACGAGACAUUCCGGGCGAAGCAAUUGUUGGCUCUCAAGGAAAGCAGCGCAGCAAGCGGCAUGGCUGGAAGCAGGCCCAUCAGUCCCGCGGCGGAUCGCGAGUUGAGCAGAAGCUCCCAGCGCAUGACGAUGAAUGGCUACUGAAGUCUAGUCCUGGGGAUUGGAGAUAUGGGUCGGCGAGAUUCUGCACGGUGAUUGAUGCUUGUUUUGUAAUUGGAGCCUCUUCUAAUGUAGCGUCUAUUGAGAGCGGGAUUCUCUUCUUUGAAUCUGGGGUAUAAUUGAUCCUCAUGAUAUCUCGAUCUAUUACUCUACCGAAUUUUCCC